UAAUGGAAACAUUUCCUUCACUUCAAUCCUUUAGAAAGAAAGUGUAUUUUCUCUCUCUCCAAACACCACUUAACCAACUCAUCCUUCUCUUCUCACCUAAUCAUAUUCAAUACUCUUUGUCUUCCUCAUUUCCCUCAAUAAUCUGCAAUUUAAGAUAGAGAAAAAAAAACAUUCCAAACCAAAGAAAACAUCAAGAAAAACAAAGAAACCCAAGAAAAGAUGGAUAAUUUAUUAUGUGAUGAAUUGCUUCAAGAAAUCUUCACAAGAAUCACAAAUUCAUCAUCCUCAUCAUCUUGUUUAUCAGUUUGUUUAGUUUCUAAGAGAUGGCUACACCUCUACAGAACCUCAAAAACCUCUCUAUCUUUAAGGCUAAAUCUUGAAAAUUCAACAAUUCAAUCCUUAUCUCCUUUUCUUGCCAACUACCCUUUUCUCUCUUCUAUUUCUUUAAUUCUCUCAUCAGACCCCACUAAAUCAACACCACCUUUCAAUGAUCAUCUUCUCUUUAUAGUUUCAAAUUUAUGUUCAAAUCUUAAGCAUCUCAGGUUCUUGACUGGUCCUGUCUCAACAAAUUCCCUAAUUUCCUUCUCUAAUUCUUGUACCCUUCUCACCUCUCUUACUCUGUUUCUUGCUAGACCUCUUUACUUGAAUUGGGUAGCCUAUUUUUCUCAUUUGAAGGACUUAUCCAUUCGAGUAAUCUCCGUCGACGGGUCUGAUCAGGUUCGGUUUGGGUCAUCUGGGUUGUGUUUAGAUCAAGAAUUUGAUGCAGAAUUGGGGUUGGGGAGUCUGAAUUUAUCUGGGAUUAGAAGGGGUGAUUUAGGGUUUGGUUGGCUAUGGAGGAAUACCAAAAACCUCAAGAAAUUGCAGCUUAAGAGCUGUGAAGGUGUUGGUGAUGGAGGGUCAUUUGUGUCAUUUACUACUUGCUUAAAGGGUAUUCAAGAAAUGGAAUUAAGAACUUGCAGAAGUAUAAUCCAUGGAAUUCUCCUGAGAAUGGCUGAAAAUUGUGAGUCUUUGAAUUCUCUUUUAAUUUAUGAUGGUGGUAGUAGAGAGGGUUUACUUCAUUUUAUAACUAAUUGUAGAUGUAAUUUGCAAAUUCUUGAUCUUAGAUUGCCUUUAGACCUUAACAAUGAUCAUCUCUUAGCUAUUGGUAUGAAUUUUAGAAAUUUAUCAAUUCUUAGGCUUCAAAGCUGUUGUCUUGUUACUGGUGAAGGCUUAAAAGGCGUUGGGAUCGGUAUGAAUUCAUCAAAUCUUGAAGAGUUGGCAUUGAUAAAUUGUGAUGUUGUUGAGAGAGAAUCUGGAUUGCUUGCAACAUUAGGACAGAAUUUGAGGAGAUUAAGGAAAUUGGAUUUGUCUCAUAAUGAAUUGUUGGUGGAUAAGGAGAUUAUUUCUAUGCUUGUGUCUUGCAAUGGUUUGAUUGAGUUGAAAUUGAGAGGUUGUAGAAAAGUUAGUAGCUCGGCAAUGGUAUCAAUGUUGAAGAAUUGCAAGAAUUUAGAGUUUGUUGAUAUUAUGAAUUGUUGUGGGAUUGAAGUUGAUGUUAUUGAGAUGUUUUUACUCAAUUCAUUGAGGUUGAGAUGCAUUCAAGUUGAGGAAUGUAAGCUUUCUGAUGCUGCUAAGAAAUGGGCAGAACAUAAGUUCAUUCGACUUGUUGCUUAAUACGAAAACAUUGAAACGGAGAUGCUGAUUUGUUUAUAAGAAUAAGUUAUUAGUAUUAAGUUUCGGAAUUUCAAAAGCAUUUUCGAAGAUGAAAAUGAAAUGAUGAAUUUAUGACUCGAAAAGUUUUCGAGCAAUAUAUGAUGUACAUAUAAGUUAUCUGUGUUUUACACAAACAUUUUCUUGUAAAUUGUUGCUGUUGUAUAAAUAAAAAGAGCUGGUUUUGCUCACUCCAAAUAAAAUCAAACUUUGUACAGAAA